GUCCUCGAGUAGCCCUAACAGCACACAUUUUUAUCGUAGCUCCAGUCAAGCACAACGUAACCAGUUGUUAGGACCUCAUUGGGUUGAAUUUGGUCUACAACACACGGGUGCUGUUGGGAACUACUGGUUUAGACAAAAGUACUAGUCACGAGUUGACUGGUAGGCUUACAUUCUCCCAAGUUCAAAUACAAUUUAUUAGCACGCGGUGGUUCAGUUCAGCACUUAACUCACAUUAUCCACCAAAACGUGAUUUAGCUAAUCAUCACUGCCAUCUGCUGGGUGUACGUGCUGCAGUAGAAGUGGUCAGCGAACCACAGUGAACGCCUGCAAUGUUGUCAUUAUGAUUUAGAUGUGUUGUAAGUGGAUUCGCUAUCGUUUUACAUUAUUAUGAGUUAACAUGUGAUUUGUAUUAUUUCCAAAAUCUUCUGCGUUACCAAGUGCUUUAUUGCAUCCAUAUUUAGGGGAUAUGCACCUAUUAGAAGAUGUACGCGUAGCUAUUAUUGUGGCUGUAGAGAGCAAGCUAGCUCAGUUUCGACCAAGAUAAGAGCUCAUUUCCCGGUGACUGCAGACGAGAAAUGUCGUGGAUGUGGUGAGGCCCAGUGAGGUCCAACAGAAAGGUAGCAGACAAAAGGAACUUUAACAACUAAGUGACGUUAUGGCUGAGGACCCUCCGAGGAACUUCCGUUCUGCCUAUUAUGAGAAAGUGGGCUUCAGAGGGGUAGAGGAGAAGAAAUCACUGGAAAUACUUCUGAAGGAGAACCCACUGGAUGUGGAGAAGCUAAGCACUUUUAGUCAGAGGUUCCCUCUGCCCUCAAUGUACAGGAUCCAUGUUUGGAAGGUACUUCUGGGUAUCCUUCCUCCACACAGUGACUCCCACACCCUGGUGGGAGGGUACAGACGUGAACAGUACCAGGAUGUGUUAGAGGCCCUGACUGUGAUGCGGUUCAUCCAGAGGGCCACGCCUCAGACACAGGUGUACCUUCGCAUGUUCCAGCUAGAGAGCCAGCUGCUGCCCAGGUGCUCAGAGACCACUCCUCCGGACAGUAAGGAUGAGGACUUCCUGUCCAUAGCUCGAUCCAUGGAGGAGAUUGUUGAGGACCCUGUGGACUGCUAUUGGCUGAUCAAAUGCUUUGUCAAUCAGUUCAGCAACAAGUUUGGAGACUCCAUUCCUCAUCUGCCCAAGAGUCUGGAACACUAUCUGAGUGUGGAGGACCCUCGGCUACUGAACCAUCUAAGGACCACCGGGGCUCUGGCCAUGCUGCCGUACAGCCUGUGGUUCAGACGCUGCUUUGCUGGCUGCCUGCCCGAGUCCAGCCUCCAGAGGGUGUGGGAUAAGGUGAUCAGUGGAUCGUGUAAGAUCUUGGUCUUUGUUGCUGUGGAGAUCCUCCUCAGCUGCAAGAUCAUGAUGAUGAAAACUAACCGACCGGAGGGCGUAGUCAACUUCCUGUAUAAUAUGCCCCAAGAAAACACUGAUGCAAUAGUAAGUAAAGCCAUUGACCUAUGGCACAAGUAUUGUGGCACUCCUAUGCACCCUGUUUAGGAUGACAAACCUGCAGCCUGACCUGCUUCAUGGGAGUAAUGGGCUCUCCCUCCCAUCAACUGGAGGACAUCCAGACCUCUGCCAAUAACACAGCAUCCAUUGGGUUUUUGGACUAAGUGGAGAGAAUGACUGUACCAUUAAAAAAAGGCCUCCUCCAGGGACUGCCGUUUCGGGUAGCAUUACUGUUGUUAAAACAAGGAAACUGUUCUCCAACCAAGGGUUUGGGAAACACAGCCAUCUGCUGGGUUCAUAGCUUGGUCCUGGAUCUGUUCUUCUCUUCUGUCAACUCCUCCAACCCAUACAGUUUAUUCUUUAAAUGAAGCCCUUUCCGUUUAAUGUCUUAACAGAACUUGUCUUUGCUUGUUUGGCAUGUGAAAGUCAAGCGGAGGAGCACAACUGCAUCAUGGGAAUGUAUAAACCAUACUGAUAGUCAUGGCCACCUGUGCCCUUCAAAUAACUCUGUUGUAAAAUAAAUGUAAAUUGACCAGA